AUGCUCUCCGACGAGGACGACGUCGGCCUCGGCUACCGGUCGGAGUUGCUGCGCGAGGCCGAGACGUCGCUCCUGCAGCUGCUGCACGGCGAGAUUGACGACGGCGGGCUCGGCAACGGCGGCGGCGGCGGGAUCGAGACUCAGCUGACAAUGAUGAUGAACGAGGACGAUCACUCGCUCGGGUCCGACUCCGAGGAUGAGGACGAGAUGCUGCUCGGCGACGCCGAGGGCGGCGGCGGUUUCCUCCCCGAGCAGGCCAACGGCGCCGGCGUCGAAGCCUCUCCCGGCGCGGGCCGCUCGUCCACCUCGGCUACUCGUGCGCUCCGCGCCUCGGUUGGGUGGCCGCUGCCCUCCCUCGCGUCCCCGGGGGAGGCUGGCGCGGGCGAGGCCAGCGCGACGAUGCGGCGCGAGGGCUCGCUGCUGUCGCGAACGAGCGUAGGCGCGUUCAUCUCGACUUGCGGGCACGCGACGCACGUCUCCUGCUGGCACGAGUACAUGUCGGGCCUCCUGCGCCGCGUGAUGCAGUCCGAUGGCUUCGAAGGAGAAGGGCUCGUCCGACCGCAGCGCGGCGAGUUUGUCUGCCCCGUCUGCCGGCGGGCAGCGAACGCGUUGCUCCCGCUCGCGCCGUCGGAACCGCCCGCCGAGGCGGCUCCCGAGCCAGAGGAGCCGGCGGAGGCUGAGCCGGCGGAGGCUGCCGAUUCCCCGACGCCGCCGGCGGCACUCGCCGCGUGGUCGGCACGCGCGCUGCGCUACUCCGACGAGAAUGGCACGGCGGGCGAGGACGCGGUCUUUCCCCUCUGCUCGCGCGAGCUGCGCGCGGCGAUCGAGCAUUUUGGCGUCGUCGCGGCCGCGGUGCAUGGCGGGCUGCCGCGGCUCGGAACGCCGCCCCACGACGCGCGCGCAUUGCUCAUGCCCGCGGCGCUGCUCGCGCACAACGCAUCUGUCGCUGAGCUCUCGAGCCGGACUUCGUCGCCGCGUGAUGCGGCGGUGGACGCUGGGCAGUCUGGCCAGUCGGACGCCGAGGCAGCGGCGGUGGGCCUCAAGCUGCGCGCCCUUUGGCGGCUCGCACGCGCGCGCCGCCGGCCCGUGUCGCGCACUGCAGCCGCCCUGCUGCGCUGCGCCGCUGCGUCGUCGGCCCCGCCUCGCGGGGAGGAGGAGCAACGCACCCUUGCGGGCAACGAUUUGGCGGCGCUUCUCGUCGUCGAGCCGUUUGUUCUCUUUGCCGAGCUCGUCGCGCUGUGCGGCCUCGGGCCCCGGCCGGACGGGCACGCAGGCCCCGUCGCUGCACCGCUGGAUGCGCAUGCCCUCCUGCGGGCGGCUGCGUGCGACGCGCCGCUCCUCUACCAGCGCGGCGCGGCCGCGGUUGCCGCCACCGGCUUACCCACUGCUGCUCUCGUGGCGGCACGGGGGAGGCCGCCCGCCGCGUUGCUCCGCACAUCGCUGAUGGGCUGGGAGCUGCCGCCGCCGCCGCUCGGCCUCGUGCCUCUCCCCGCCUCGUUCGAGGCUUUCUUCCACGCCACCUCGGCGAGCCGCUGCCAAAUCUGCCGCGCGACGCCCGAGCACCGCGCCGUCUGCCUUGCCUGCGGCGCGACUCUCUGCGGGCUCGACACGCCACACGGCUCGAGCGCGAUCAUCGAGCACACCGCCACUUGCGGUGUGGGCGUCGGCCUCUUCAUGCUCACCCACAACUCGGCCGUCGUGCUUGUGCGCGAGCGGCGCCUCCUCUUUGUCGGUUCGCCCUACCGCGACGAGCAUGGCGAGGUGGACAUCGGGCUGCUGCGCAUGAAGCCGCUCACGCUGCACGCGCCCGAGUACGCGGCGCUGUCGCGCCAGUGGCUGAACCUCAACUUUGACGAGUCGGCGCGCGGCGAGGACGAGCUCCCGCUCGGCCUGUGA